AUUUAGCCAUUUGGAUAACACAAAUGAGUCCUAACGUUCAUGGUGGCUAGCUCAAGCCACUCUCUUUCUCUCUCACACACAUACACACUUGAAUCUUGAUUGUGUUUUAUCUACUCCAUUGCUCUUAAUAUAUAAAUAGAGGCUCCCGCAGGAAGAAUGGCCGCCAUUGUUGUAUCUUUAGCUUCCUCCUCGUGCCGGUCUCUUUCCACUCUCCACGUUCCAUCCACAACUUACUCUGUUUUCACGAAAUCGCAAUCUUUCCCUCUUUUGGGUCUAUCGCUUGGCGUUCUUCCAUCCUUGCGUUCUCAGGUAGGAGGAAAACGCAUGGGGCACGUCCUUGCUCAAGCUAAUCUCGGUCUUACGCAACCUAAUAACGUCGAACCAUCCAAGAUCUCGUUUGCUGCGAAAGAGAUUGAUUUGGUGGAAUGGAAAGGAGAUAUACUUGUAGUUGCUGUGACAGAAAAGGAUUUGACUAAGGAUGAAAGCUCAAAGUUUCAGAACUCGAUUCUGAAAAAACUAGAUACCCAUCUGGGCGGUUUAUUGUCUGAAGCUUCUCUAGAGGAGGAUUUUACUGGGAAAGCUGGACAGACCACAAUUCUUCGGCUUCCAGGUCUCGGAUCGAAAAGAGUAGGGUUGAUCGGCGUUGGGAAGAGUUCAUCAUCAACCUCUGCUUACCGUAGUCUUGGUGAGGCUGUAGCUGCAGCUGCAAAAGCUGCUCAGGCUAGCAAUGUCGCUAUUGUGCUUGCAUCUCCUGAUGAACUCUCAGCUGAAUCAAAGCUUACUAUUGCCUCUGCAAUUGUCUCUGGUACGGUUUUGGGGACUUUUGAAGAUAGUAGGUUUAAAUCUGAUUCGAAGAAACCGAGUCUGAAAUCCGUAGACAUUGUUGGUCUUGGAACUGGAUAUGAGUUAGAGAAGAAACUGAAAUAUGCGGAAAAUGUUUGUUCCGGGGUUAUUUUGGGAAAAGAACUCGUAAAUGCACCUCCCAAUGUGCUUACCCCUGCUGUACUAGCAGAGGAGGCUUCGAAGAUCGCCUCUACGUAUAGCGAUGUUCUUUCUGCGACGAUUUUGGAUGAAGAGAGAUGUGUAGAAUUGAAAAUGGGCUCAUAUCUGGCUGUUGCUGCUGCUUCUGCCAAUCCUCCUCAUUUCAUCCACUUAUGUUAUAAACCACCUAAUGGGCAAGUUAAGAUGAAGUUGGCUUUAGUGGGCAAAGGCUUGACUUUCGAUAGUGGAGGCUAUAACAUAAAGACGGGACCUGGUUGUUUAAUUGAGUUGAUGAAGUUCGAUAUGGGCGGUUCAGCUGCAGUGUUAGGUGCUGCCAAAGCUCUUGGUCAAAUUAAACCUGAAGGAGUUGAGGUUCAUUUCAUUGUUGCUGCCUGCGAGAAUAUGAUAAGUGGAACGGGUAUGAGACCUGGAGACAUCGUGACAGCAUCUAAUGGGAAGACCAUUGAGGUCAAUAACACUGAUGCAGAAGGCAGACUUACUCUUGCAGAUGCUUUGGUGUAUGCCUGUAACCAAGGCGUUGACAAGAUAGUUGAUCUUGCAACAUUAACAGGAGCAUGUAUAAUUGCUCUUGGACCCACAAUUGCAGGUGUGUUUACACCUAGCGAUGAUCUAGCAAAAGAAGUGGUCUCUGCUUCUGAAGCUGCAGGGGAAAAACUUUGGAGGAUGCCUAUGGAAGAAAGCUAUUGGGAUUCUAUGAAAUCGGGAGUAGCUGAUAUGGUUAAUACUGGUGGCCGUGCUGGUGGAGCUAUCACUGCUGCUCUCUUCUUGAAGCAGUUUGUUGAUGAGAAAGUUCAGUGGAUGCAUAUUGAUUUGGCUGGACCAGUUUGGAAUGACAAGAAGAAAGGCGCGACUGGAUUUGGGGUUUCCACUUUGGUUGAAUGGGUCAUGCAAAACACUUCGGCAUCUUGAUCUUAUAGAAUUGUCAUAGAUCAAUAAUAUCAAGAAGAAAUAGCUGGAGAAAAAAUACUUGAUACUUGAUACUUGAACAUUAUUAUUAGAGAUCGAUAGCUUUGUUUUGAAUACACAAGUUCUGUAGCUUUGGGUCUAGGUUUGAACAAAAUAAUUUUAUAAAUUUAUUUUAAAAUAUUUAUAUUUUCAAAGA